AUGAUAGAAAACAACUGGCCUGCUAUCUAUACUGACGGUAGUAAAAUCGCAGGAAAGGUUGGGGCCGCUGUAAGCUGCUGGGAAAAUGGAAGGGAAACCCACAAGGUAAAAAUAAAAUUAGGUAAUCACUGCAGCGUUUUCCAGGCGGAACUAGUUGCAAUAUUGAAGGCACUCAGUAUCAUAAAAAGCAAACGGGGAUUUAGUAAGUCUAAUAUACUGAGUGACUCUCGGUCGGCCCUGGAAAGCCUUUCAAAUCCUAGCACUCUUAAUCCUCUGGUAGCUGAAAUUCUAGAAGAUAUAGAGGAAAUACGUAACAACCAAGGUGAGGUGAAGUUCUUCUGGAUUAAAGCUCAUUGUGGAAUCCCAGGGAAUGAAAGAGCUGACGAAUUGGCGAAAUUAGCAGCGCAGACGUCUAAGCAAGCGCCAACUUACGACUGUUUCCCACUGUCCUUUGCAAAGCGUCUAAUCAGGGACAACUCAAUUAUAAGGUGGCAAGAAAGGUACAGCACAUCCAACACAGGGUCUACGACAAGAAAAUUCUUUCCUUGUAUAAAAGAAGCAUAUAAAACUAUGUGUAAAGUAAAAAUGAACAAUUUCAUUUCACAAAUUCUGACAGUUCACGGAGGCUUUAAAUCAUACCUGUUUAGAUUUAAGUUGUCACAAAGCCCCUACUGUAGCUGUGAUAAUCAAACAUUGCAAACAAUAGAGCAUAUCCUUUUAGACUGUCCGAAAUUCGCUUAUGCAAGACUUUCAUGCGAGCAAAGUAUGGGCUUUGCGCUAAAAGAGGAAACCUUAUGUAAAGCUAUUAACAACAAUGACAGUCGAUUUCACUUUCUAAAAUUCGCAAAACAAAGCACUGAAAUUAUUCUCAAAGAGAAUAAUUCAAAACACAAAUAA